GCCGAGCUCCUGGGGCCGGCAAGGCGACACCAUGGAGUGCCUGGAUAAAGCAGCGCUGAACGCACUGCAGCCUCCGGAGUUCGGAAAUGAAAGCUCAUUAGCAUUUACACUGAAGUCGCUCCUGUUCUUUACAGCUCUAUUGAUCACUCCUCCUACUGGAUUAUAUUUCACAACUAAAUCUUACAUAUUUGAAGGCGCCUUUUGGAUGUCCAAUGCGGACAGCUUUUAUGCUGCUAUUGUUGCAGUGUUGGCUGUCCAUGUGGUGCUGGCCCUCUUUGUGUACCUCGCCUGGAAUGAAGGCUCACGACAGUGGCGUGAAGGCAAACAGGAUUAAAAUGAACAUUACCUUUUGAUAGUAUUAAAUUGAUUUUUUAAAUGGUAAAGGCUGGAGUGGGAGACAU